AUGACUUGUAGAGUUCUUAUCUUAAUAUCAGGUGCUUUUGCAAGUUUUCAUAGAACAUUUAUUGCUUCCGUUUCUGUUAUUACUUAUUUCAGAGUCUGUAGAAACAAACGUAUAGAUACUGGUAGAUAUGAUUGGAAAUUACUUUUACCUAUUGCUAUCGCCUCGUUUGCUACGACAGGUCUUGGUUGGAAAUCUUACGGUGCUGUUAAAUAUUGGUGUGAUUUAAAAACUGAUAACCUAGGAAUGUCAAUAUGCUCCGUAUCAAUAACAUUAUCAGUGCUCUUUAUAUGUUUAUUCUGUUAUCUUAAAACCAUUUUUGCCAUACGUAGUGUUAAAAGAAAACAAUCAUUAUUUAACAAUGAUGUGAUUUAUAAAAAUAUCCCUCAUUUUAAUGAGAUUGAAAUUAAAGUUACUAAAAAGAUUUUUGGUUAUGUACUUGUAUUUAUAUUACAGUGGAUACCUACUGUACCAUAUGAAUUAUGGCAAGUUUAUAGUGAUCCACCUGCUUGGAUUUUUUGCAUGGUUGCUGUGGGACUUAACAUGGGUGGCAUUGGAAAUGCUAUAUUUUAUGUAAUAAAUGAAGGUUGGAAUCGUUGUGGCAAUAACAGUAAUAAUUCUUCUGUUGGCAAAAGCACUGAUAAAAUUAAUAUUUCUUCUGAAGUUGAUAAACAAUUUAUUGACGUGAUCUUUUGA